AUGCUCGCGCUCGACAUCGCCCUCUAUGCCAUACUAGGCACGUCGUUAGUCUUUUCAAUUAUCGAGCUGGGCUUAGCCGCCUAUGUUGCAUCUGCUUGGACCGGAGCGCACCAAGUGUCCUACUACAAUCCGUGGGAAGGCGGCUAUAGCUACGAAAAUGUCAACAUCAGCGCGCCGCCCAUCCUCGACUUUCUCAUUUUCACUGCGGUCUGGACCAUGCUGGUCACCGGGGCGUCGCUGUUCCUGCCAUGGUUUUUCACGCGCAAAGGCUUCAGCUCGAAGCUGAACACGAUCCUCGGCAUCGUCUUCACAGCCGUAUACUUCGUCACCAUGGUGUUCUGGUUGGCUGCUUUCGCUGAUAUUACCUCCUAUCUCGGCGGCGGCACUAGUACAUCGGACUACCUGAACGCCGUAAUUGCUUUUGCAGUGCUUCUCUGGUUGCUAUUCAUGGCCCUCUUCAUCCUUAUCAUCUUGACACUCUGCGGUGUGCUGGCUUCGGAGUGGGCAGGCUAUCAGUCCUUGAGAAAGUCUCGGGCUGCAGAUGCGCCGGCGCAUGACGUGCCGAUGAGUACGACCCCUGUUGUUGCGUCAGAUCUGUCCACACGGGAUGCUGAAGCGCUCCAUAACCAGCCGCAGUUGCAUAAUGCCUCUUCACCGUCGGCCGGCCAGAGCGCUGAGCCCAGCGGCGAAAGCACCCACAUUGUCUGA